CGCUUCUGGUCCUGACCCAGACUCAGAGAGAACCCACCAUGGUGCUGUCUCCCACCGACAAGAGCAACGUCAAGGCCACCUGGGCUAAGAUUGGCAACCACGGUGCAGAGUAUGGCGCAGAGGCCUUGGAGAGGAUGUUCAUGAACUUCCCCAGCACCAAGACCUACUUCCCCCACUUCGACCUGGGACACGACUCCGCCCAGGUCAAGGGCCACGGCAAGAAGGUGGCCGACGCGCUGACCAAAGCCGCUGGCCACAUGGACAACCUGCUCGAUGCCUUGUCUGAUCUGAGUGACCUGCACGCCCACAAGCUGCGUGUGGACCCGGUCAACUUCAAGCUCCUGAGCCACUGCCUGCUGGUGACCCUGGCUCUCCACCUCCCCGCCGAGUUCACCCCCUCGGUCCAUGCCUCCCUGGACAAGUUCUUGGCCAGUGUGAGCACCGUGCUGACCUCCAAAUACCGUUAAGCUGGAGCCUCUGCGAUCCCUACCCUGGCCUGGGGCCCUCUGGAGCUCUGGGCACCCUCACUUCCCAAUCUUUGAAUAAAGUCUGAGUGGGCUGCA